CGAUGGCUGUGGUGGAUACACCGGCAGAAGCGCAGAAAGUUCCCCAAGACUGGGACCUCGACCGACAAGUUCUCUUGUCUGCCACCAUCAAUCGAGAUGCGUAGCAACAAUUAUGGUUGAUCAACUGCUGCUACAAAUCUCUGCCACAACACCAAACACCGUCUCUCCCUUGACUCUCUCACUUCUUCUCUGGGUUGAGUUUUUUUCGCCUUGUCUCUCUUGUCUCGCCGUCGACUCCCGCGCGCAGCAGACUACGCCACCUUCUCCCUCGAUUCUUUCCAACAUUCAGAACAAGAGCCAAGACAUCUAUCAUGACGACGGCCCAGCCAUUCAUACCGCGCAGUUCCGGACCCACGUUCGCAUCCUCUCCGAUCAAACCCAUCCUCCGAAAGCCCACGUCCUCGGUCCUGGGCACGCGACAGCGGCGGUCGGACGACUCGGGGGAUGACGGCGAGGAUGAACCCCCAACAAAACGACAAAAGAAGACGGUCGUUUUUAACGAGGAUCUGAACAUGGUCAAGGAAAUCAGCGGCAAGAGCCUGGAGGAGGCGAAGCGAGAGGUGCGCCAGGCCCUCGAGGCGCACGCCCGCGGCGACGACGAGGACUACGAUAACCUGAAGGACAUCUUUUCGCCGAGUCCGAGGAGGAGGAAGAAGGAGCUGCAGCUGCCACUUACGUCGGAAGAAGGCGAUGAUGACGACGACGACGAGGAGGAGGAUGAAGCGGCGUUGGCGGCAAUAGAGCAGGAUUUGAUUGUCUACGUCGUGGCGCUGACCGGGUACGUGCCGCUGCUAGGGCGGUCGUGCUCGGGGCUGCUGCGCAGCGUGCUGCGGUGCGCCUGGCUAGAGCGGGACGAGAGCUUUGCGCGGGCGUACAUCCAGCUGCUGGCGGCGCUGGCGUCGGUGCAAGGGUCGCUGUUCACGCAGGUGCUCACCAUGAUGGUAGACAAGUUCACCGAGACGAGGCACGCGUCGAGCGUUGCCGGGUUUCCGCCCGUCGACCCGGAGACCAAGAAGGCGUGGCUGCAUGUCGGGCUCAAGUACCUCCUGGAGCUGUUCCCGGCGGGGCAGCACAUAAUUCUCAACCUGGUCGCGGCCAAGUUCCCGUUUUCUGAAGAGUCCAAGGCCACGCACAUGGAGUAUAUCGAUCAUCUGCUCCGUCUCAAGGCGGCGAGGCCCGAGUUGGAGCGGGAUAUCAUGGAGCUGAUUCUUUCGCGAUUGGUCAAGCUGGAUGUAGAGAUGACGCUUGACCUGGAGAACGAUGACGACGUGACCACGAGGGCGGUGUUGCGGCAGCUGGAAGCCUCGGACGCUAGGAAUGAAGACGAGGACGACGACAGCGAUGCCGAUUCUGUCCUGAGCGACGAGGACGAGCUCAAUGAGGACGCCAAGCGCGUGCUUGCGAUCAAGAGCAAGCUGGAAACGAUGGAUGCGAUCCUCGACUUGCUCUUUUCAAUUUAUACCCCUGUGUUUGAAGACCCCGACACUCCGGAGGCCAUUGAGGCGUUCCAGGACCUGUUGAGCGACUUUUCCAAUGUCAUCUUGCCGCAUCUCAAGUCGCGCCACACCCAGUAUCUACUCUUCAAAUUCGCCAUGAAGUCUAACCAGUUCAUGGAGAUGUUCAUUGGGACGCUAUUCAAUCUUGCAUUCGAGUCGAAUCGGCCACCGGUCGUCAAGCAGGCUGCAGUUGCUUACUUGGCAAGCUUCACUGCACGCGGGGCCAGGGUGCAGAGCGAGCAGGUGCAGAUGAUCACCAAGACAUUCCUUGACUAUAUGGAUCACUACCGCGCAAUCCACAGCAACUGCCGCGGUCCCGAUGUGCGACGGUACAGCCAAUACUAUGCAUACUUUCAGGGAUUGCUCUAUAUCUUCUGCUUCCGCUGGCGAGACUUGAUCGAUCGGGACCUGUUACCCCCUACCCUCGACUGGGACGAUCCGGCAUCGUUCAUUGGGCAAGAGCUCCCUUGGAUGACGGGCCUGAAGCCCAGAUUGCAGGCCAACAUUGGCAGCAAGCUCAACCCACUGAAAUGCUGCUCCCCGAUAAUCGUGGACGAAUUCGCCCGCCUGUCGCACCACCUCCGUCUCAUUUACAUAUACCCGCAAAUUGAAAAGAACAAGUCGGUCCACCUCUCGCAGUUCUUCACGGGCAGCUACGCCACGGGCGGCGCACUUCGCGACACGGGGUUCGAGUACGACGACGACAAGUGGACGCACCUCGAGGCGUGCUUCCCGUUUGACCCGUUCCAGCUGCCGGUUGCAAAGCGUUGGCUGGAUCUGAAGAACAGCUAUGUUGCGUGGACGCCGAUGGCGGUUCUUGAUCGGGAGGGGGAUGGGGAUGAAGAAGAGGAUGGGGAUUUGGAGGAUGAUGAUGGCGAUGAAAGUGAAGUUGGUAGUGAUGGUGGCGUAGCGGUGGGGUUUCAAGAGGAUACGGCUACUGAUGAGGAGGAGGGGGGUUAUGAGUGAGGGAUUGAUGGCGGCAAAUGGAUGAUAGUGGCGAGGGUUUGGUGGGUAUGUAUCGGUACCUGUGCCCUGGGCACGAAGAAGGAAAGGGGCAAGAGCCAAUGUGCGGAGCUGGGAUGGGGUUCUUCUUUUUACGUUGGGAAGUCUUGAUGGUAUGAUGGGAGGUUAUUUUGCGGCAUUGGCGUUGGGGUAAACGAAAAUCAGGAGCAUAUCAGCGGCGUUUUUAUCUCUGGGGGCGGUCAUAUAAUUGCGGGGGUGGGAGCGAUGGUCGACGAAAUGGAGGAAGCGAAGGGCAUGACAUUGACCAGUUAGACAUGGUCUCUCAACGCGAG